AUGGAUCAACUGGGCGACCUACCUGUGAACGACCAGGUUCAAGGUGCCAUGAAGGCCUUUAUGAACCAGAUGUUGACCCAUAUGUUCUCGCCGGACACCGACCUCUCGAAAAAACGAGCCUGGACACAACAUGCCUUUUGCGAAGCCAGGCGGAUGAGUUUUUUUUGGGGGAGGCAAGGUGGAAAGGUUGGUUAA